CCAGGGUAGUGUGUGUCUUGUCCUGCAGAGCGGAGACCCCCCCCGAGCUAUAUUCACCGGUGGAGCUCCGUGUUGUGACUCAGCUAGGCAGCCGCCACUUGUCACAACUUCAUUGCGUUGCAGCAGCAGGGAGCGCAGAGCUGCACCUCGUUACCUGCCGACAUAGGAUGCUACAGAAGCACCAAGCACCUCAGUGACACCCCUAGGGCUGGGCACCGCGCACACAGCUGGAUGUACUACAAGUUCCCUGUGCUGAGACCCUCCUCUUGGCAUCCACAGACAGUGAGUGGACACUGCCCUGCCAACCUUACACCAGUAAGAAGAAAAAAACUGCUGCAGCCAUGAAUUUUCAACAGACCAGCUAUGAAAAUGCUGCCGUUUCUCCUCUUCAAUUCUUUGUGUGAGGCUUGUGGAACCCAAAGGGAAAACAAUGAGAAGAUGAAAGCUAGUGACCCCCAGGAGAUAGCUGGAAUGGUUUACUUUCCUGGAUCAAUACGGGAUUGAUUUAAGCGGAAUAAUUAUGAGGUUGACGUGCAUGUUUUCCUUUAUCGUUCUGUUUGGAGUUGCCGGUCUCGUAGUUUUCAUUCACUUGCAAGAUCCUGAAGAAAUGGUCAACCAGCCAGGACUGGCAUCAGGUGUAAAGUUUGAAUUUGCAUUACACCAACCCAAAAAGGACUGUACAUCCAACAAUCAAUAUGGAACUUCAAUGGAAGCUGCUGCCAAACAGCUCCUGAACAUAAACCAAGACAUACCGUCGUAUCCUCCUUAUCAGUACCUGGCUAGUUUACACAGCACAAGUCGCAGGCAGAAAAAAACAAUCUUUCUUAGACGAGACAAUAAGAUAUAUGCUGAGAAAAAGCUUUUGAAAAAGAGGAAGCAUUACCUAUUGAAAGAGACUCCCAUACUGAUGCCCCUGAACGGUUCAGCUGUGGACCUCAUGCCUUCGGAUUAUGAGGACAGCACUGGUAAAUGGAAAAAGCUAUAUGAUGCUCAAAGGCAACGCAAGAAGCUUAUGCAAGACAUUUGCUUGAAAUACAAGAGUGGUAGCAGGAGGAUUAUCACUCCUUAUCAUGUCUCCCGAAUCUUUGUGGAAGACAAGCACAAAAUACUCUAUUGUGAGGUUCCAAAGGCUGGCUGCUCCAACUGGAAACGAGUAUUAAUGGUUCUUAACGGCUUAGCUUCCUCUACUAAAGAUAUUCAACACAAUACUGUUCACUAUGGGAACUACUUGAAGAGAUUGGACAGUUUUGACCGGAAAGGAAUCUUCAACCGUCUUAACACAUACAAAAAGAUGAUCUUUGUCCGAGAACCUUUUGAGAGGUUGGUCUCUGCCUUCAGGGACAAGUUCGAGCACGCAAAUAAUUAUUAUCAUCCAGUGUUUGGAAAAGCUAUCAUCUCUAAAUACAGGCGGAAUGCCACAAGGGAAGCAUUACGGACAGGCUCUGGGGUGCAGUUUAAAGAGUUUAUCCAAUACCUGUUGGAUGUUCAUAGACCAGUGGGCAUGGACAUUCAUUGGGACCAUGUUAGCAAACUUUGCAGUCCAUGCUUGAUAGAUUAUGAUUUUAUUGGGAAAUUUGAGAGCAUGGAGGAAGAUGCUAAUUUUCUUCUACACCUUAUAGGGGCUCCUCAAAACUUGUCUUUUCCCAGAUUUAAAGACAGACAUUCCAAUGAGGAAAGGACCACUAGUAAAAUCACACAGCAAUAUUUUGCACAAUUGUCCCCAUUGGAAAGGCAACGUACCUAUGAUUUUUAUUACAUGGAUUAUCAAAUGUUCAAUUACUCAAAACCGUUUGAAGAUCUGUAUUGAUCACAUGUCAAAUCAGGAAAGUGUUUUCUAGAAAACGUACAUUGAGGGAACACUUGAACUGACAGUGUCUUUGGAUUCAGAGAUGAUCCUUUUAGAUUUUUUUAACUUCUAAACUUGAAACUGGUCAUAAAGACAUUUUACAGUCUCUGCAGUCAGAUUGCACUAAAGCAAUUGAUCAUAGGGGUACAAACCUCUCAAAAAAAUUACUUCAAUUCCAUCAACCCAUUCUUUCUAUUCUGAGAUUGAAAGAAAAUAUUUAAGAUUCUCUAUUGUAUAGAUCUUAUUUUUGCUGGCUAAAAAAAUAAAUAAAAUUGAUUUUUAAAAAUACAAUAAAA